GUGGGUCUUGAAGCGAACAGCUGUUGUGUGUGACGCCACUCAAACAUUAAACUGCCAACACUCAACUGCUGUUAUUGUUGUUGUGCUGCUGCUGCUGCUGCGCCUGCUGCCUUCCUCGAUGAACUUGUUCCUAAACACACACUUCUUCCUUAACAUUCCUGCCUCCUUACUAGCAGAAGAGCCUUCGUCCGGCACUAGAGAACUAAGUCUUUGACUCUGUUAGUAGAAAAGUUAGAUGUUGCCACACGUAAGCACAGAUAGAAAUUAAAUAGCAAUAUAAACUUCAAAGUAUUAAUAUUAGCAGAAGUAUAAUGACGUCCCUGGGUGACACCAUCUGAUGUCCAAAGAUCUCGCAGCUUCGUAGCGGAACUGGUGCGGCGGAUGGAAUCAAGUACAUACAUAUCCGGCACAUGAGAUGGCAGUCCUUCAGUACGCUAGGUGCUCAGCCUCUUAAGGAUUCAUAAUUUCCUCAGCCCUUCCGCUGCCGACCCCUGGAUAUCGCCUAAUAAAGAAGGACCAGGAAGAGGUGCAUUAGUUCAGGAGGCGAAAUGCAGUCAGCGUUCGUGAAAAUGAUAACAAUAGCACAAUAAUUUUCGUCCUUUACUCCGUCUGACCACCAUAAGUGUCUGCCGGAUCUUCACCACUGACACCAUCCACCGAUACCGUCUUGGAGUGAGUGACGUUCACUGUCAGCAGUUUGCUCUUAGUGGUCCCUGUCUGUCCUCUUUGCUACCUUCCGCUGCCGCAUCUGCCGCCAUGGACAACGUCACGGGAAACUCCUACGUGGAGAAUGAGACAAAGAGCACUCUUCUAGACACUGCCACCAGCGACCUGGAGGUGCAGGUGUCUGGCAUCGUGCUGUGCCCCCUCGGGUCGUCCCACGAGUCCGACACACAGUCGAUCUACCGCGGCCGCGCUCCCAUCGCCUCGCUGGACUGCAUGGAGGAGUUCCAGGGCUGCGGCGGCGACCAUGUGUCCACCCGGAGCGACUCCCAGGCGCUCGUGUCCCGCCAGUCCUCCAUCGCCUCCUGCCUCAAGUACAAGCCCCUCGGCAAGUCCGGGCUGCGGGUCUCCCAGCUUGGACUCGGUACCUGGGUGACCUUCAGCCCUUUGGUGUCCGAGGAGACAGCAGAGGAGAUUGUGACCGUGGCGUACGAGGCGGGCAUCAACCUGUUUGACCUGAGUGAAGCAUACAGCGGCGGUCGGGCCGAGAUCCAGCUGGGUAACAUCUUGAAAAAGAAAGGCUGGCGGAGGUCCUCAUACCAUGUAAUCACCAAGGUGUACUGGAACUCAAAGGGUGACGAGCGAGGAUUAUCCCGAAAGCACAUCAUAGAGUCAGUCAAAUCUUCGUUAGAACGUCUUCAGCUGGACUACAUCGACGUUAUCAUCAUCCAUCGGGCUGACGACAUGUGUCCAAUGGAAGAGGUGGUGCGCGCGGCGUCGCACUGCAUAGACCAAGGUUGGUGCAUGUACUGGGGCACGUCCCGCUGGUCGGCCGUCGAGAUCAUGGAGGCGUGGACCAACUGUCGCCAGUUCAACUGCAUCACGCCCAUCGUGGAGCAGAGCGAAUACCACCUCUUCUGCAGGAGCAAGACAGAGCUCUAUCUGCCUGAGAUCUACAACAAGAUCGGAGUUGGCACCAUGGCGUGGUCGCCGCUCGCCAUCGGCCUCAUAUCAAGCAAGAUGGAUGAUGGGAUGCCAGUUUUCACUCGGCAGUCUUUCAAGAAAAAGUACACCUCAUCAAUAAGUUGGAACGAAGACGAGACCCAAGCAUCAGGGAACGUGAAGGACCAGGGAUACACGUGGCUGAAAGACAAAGCAGGCACGGAGGACGGCCGGAAGCAGCAGGCCAGGUUGCGGGAGCUGGCGCAGUUGGCUGAGCGCUUGGGAUGCUCGCUCACGCAGCUGUCGGUGGCCUGGAGCCUCAAGAACGAAAAGCUCCACUGCGUCCUCGUCGGCGCCACGACCGUCGAGCAACUUCUCGAGAACAUCAACUCUCUUCAGGUGUUGCCGAAGCUAAAGUCUGAGCACAUUGAUGCACUGGAACGCAUCCUGGACAACAAGCCUAUUCGUCCUCGGGUGGUGUCCACCCUAGAGCAAAGAUGACAAGAGCUAGCGGCGCAGGGGGUCGAGGAAGAGAGUGAGGAGGUAGUGUGAACCAGCUUCUAAAACUCCUUUCUGUGCCAUCAUGUAAGAACUGCACCCCUGUGCCAGACACCAACGAAGAAGACGACCAGAAUUACCUAAGUGAGGACUGAAUUGUUCAUAACGCGUCAAUACCGAAGUCUGCAGGACAGAUCAUCAAUUAACACGUGGAGGAGAAGGAGUGACAUUACCUACGUGACAAGAAGAAUGUAUGUGGCAUAAGUUUAACUUUUUACAUCAGACUUCAAUCAAAAUACAACAUGAACCAGAUUGUUCAAAUAUUUAUUUCAUGUAUAGUUUCCGAAAACUAAUUAACAAUACAAGUCGCUGUACUGCAAGGAUAGGUAUAUUGAGGUACCAAGUUUGCUUAUCUGUUGAACUUGAUAACAGUAAUAGAGUUUAUUCUUGAAGGUGAAAAUUACAAAACUAUCCAGUAAAAUUCAGCAUACUUCCAACUUCUGGUUAUAACUUCAUACUCCGUGAAUACAUAGUACACACGAAUAGCACCAGAGACAAAGGCGAGAUUCCUUUGAUCUUUAUAAUGUGAUAUGGAAACAUAUUUUGUCUGAAACGGGCAGGUCAUUAGUAAAAACUUUACAUAAAACAUAUAAGAUAUUUAUUUAUAUAAUUUAUAAUAAAUUUUGUUUAUACACUCACUUACUUACCCACUCACUCACUCACUCACUC